GUAACCCUCAUGCCUAGCAAAGGGCCUGGCACACAGCUCAUUCACUCUUUCCCUUUUAAGGUUCAGGUUCCCUUUUAAGGGAAAGAGUGAAUAAGCCCAAAUAAUAAGAUUGAGGGACAAACAUACGCUGCUACUACUACUAUUACUACGACGACUACUACUGAUACUAACUCUUUCUAGGUGCCAGACAUUGUUCUGGGUGUUUUCCAUAUAGGAAAUCCUUAAUAUUCACAAUUCCAUAACGUAGAUAAUGUUAGUAUCCUUGUUUUAUAGAUGAAGAAACCAAGGCACAGAGAGGCUGUUUUGUCCAAGAUUACACAGCCAGUAAGCGGCAGAGCUGGAAUUUCAACCCAGGCAGUCUGCUCAUAGCCCUGCCUCUUAAUCUUUGUACUCCAUCUCCACUAGCAGAAAUAACAUACACGAACGUUUUAAAACUAUGCAACUGUUUUUUUCUUUGCAUUGCUCACUGGGUCUGUAGUGUUCUCUGUCCUUGGAAAGUAAAAAGAAUCUAAAAGUGGCUAACAGGGCAAACAGUGGGUCUUUCUGGACAUUUCUAUGUAAUCUGGGCUGUUACCUGUGAAGUUGUGUCAGGUGCAUGAAGAAUGUGACAUGUAGGUAGACAAAAAGAAGACUUGGAUUCGGGCCAACUUAGUCCUUCUAUUUCUCUAAUGCCUCAAAGACCGCAUAUAAUGAGCUGGUCCUUCAAUUGUCACCCUGUUGAAUAAGAAUGGGAGCACAUCAAACUCUGGCUAUGACUGGUACUUCAGAAGAACAGAGUUUGACAGAAUGAAAAGGAAGGGGAAUAGAGAGCAGGAAGAAUUGUAGGAUCGUUGGGAAAGGAGAUCACAAAGAAAGGAAGGCUGGAGUCACCAUAAAUCACACCACUUACUGCACGAUUUUCACAAUGACAACACAAAUCAUGCAAAGGAAAUAGGAAGUGUUGGCAUUCUACUUAUUUCACUUCUUCCAAGAAUUGAACUCUUCGUUGCUGGGGGGACAGGGAGGUAGGGGACUCAUGCCUUAGCCCAGGCCAUGAUGACAGCACAGGUCUGGACUCUGAAAGAAGCCAGGGUUUGUGAGGGGCCCCUGGUGAGGAGAUGGAAACUUGAGGAUGUUGGCCAAUAGGUCUGUAUGGAUGUAAUGGGAAGAAAGGAACUAUCAGAAAAAGUGAGUUUUUUAAAAAAACAAGUCUGAGGUUGAAUCAACUACAGUGGUUCUGAAAUCCUUCUGGAGAGUCCCAUGGUGGGAUUCUAAAGAAGCCAUCCACAGGUGGGUAUGGACAGGCUCUGGGGAGGCCCUUAUCCUGCCACUGUUUUGGAAGUCACUCAUUCACACACCUGAUGUCCCCGGUCCUGUGUUGCAGUGGUGAUGUGCCGAGUGAGGCAUCUGAUGCUUAGUAGGCAUUCAAAGCCAGUUCUUUUUGUCCUCUUCGCAGGCAGAAAGGAGGAGUCAGUAAGCUUUGUCUAUAAAGGGCUGGGCAGUGACUAUUAUCAGCUUUGUGGCUGCAUCUGGUGGUCUCUGUCACAUAUUCUAGUUUGUUUUACAGUCCUUAAAAAUGUGGAUUGUAGCCGUGCAAAACAUACUGGGGGCUAUCCUUUGACCUCUCCUGGUCUAGAGUAAUAAUCCUGCAGCUUCAGGCUCUGCCACAUGUGGCAUGAGUGUUCCAAAGACCCUAGGAUAUGUUGAACUUUGUCUUUGAAGAGUACAGCCCAUGUGACGUAGAUCGGUUAAUACUCUAGACCAGUGGUCUACAGACGAGAGUGCUCAGGCACUCCUUGCUAUUGUUUAAGGUGAGUAGAGUGUUAGUAGCCACAUAGCCCCUCUUACAGCCUCCUGAUUACGAUGAUAACAAAGGUGACUUUUGGCAGAUUAAAACAAAAAAUGUCCUUACUUUACACUGAGAGUGACUUCAUACUAGGAAUGGCCCUCCUCUCAGUGAGUGAGAUGGGAAUCCCUGUCAUUGGAGUUGGAGAAAUGACCUGAAAUGAGGAAGAUCCUAUUCAGGAGGUGAAAUGUAAAAUUCUGCUCUAAAAGAGGAGAUGCGCAAAUACUGUUUUGUCUGAGUUGAGUUAGGAUCAAGCGUCCAAGUUUUAGUAAAACGGGGCCAGAAUAUCCAAUUAUAUUGUUGCCGUUGUCCCUAUUCUUUUUCAAACGGACUAGGUUAAUUUAAACAUUGCUGUGACACAUUUGCUACCUACAGUUUUUUAGACACAGUGUUCAGAACUAAUAGAGUAACAGGCUAACCCACCUUUCACCUAGGCCCCUACCCAGUCAGUGGGGAAACUUUGGCUUGUGUUGUUUCCCUUUUCAUGUCAUUUUCAGGUCCAUGGUUCCUUAUUUGAAGCCAGUUGAGGAUAUGUGUUUUCAAAUUCAAAAUGUUUUAGAUUUGGAAACAUUAUACAAUGUUUGGGAUAGCAUCCCAUAAUCAAACAUGCUAUUAUUUUUGCAGCAAAACUUAUGAAUAUUUACACAAAGGAUAAAUAAAGGCUGUAACUUAACCUACUUAACCUAUUCAGAGCAUAUUUUACUGCCAAAUGAAUUAUUUAAAAAACCUUUCAGAGCUUUUGGAAUUUCAGAAUUGUUGCAGAUAAGGGAUUAUGAUCCAUAUGAUGUCUCUGAACUUAGACUGGAAGGAAGCUCUGUGAGUGUAGGGAGUGUAUCCUCCCCAAUGCUUAGCAUAGGACAUGCACAUAGUAGGUGCUCAUUAAAAGUCAGUAAUUUUUAUUAAUAUAAACAUGAUUACAUAAGUCAAGAGUAUUAUGUGACUAUUAAACAACUAGCCCUUAUUUAUCUUUCCAUUUUUCUCAUAAUGCAUUUUUGAAAGUGUUGGAAUUCCCCUAUAAGCUAUAAUUAAACCAAAAGCUACCUUGAUGGAGCAUAAAUUGCAAAGUAGUAAAUAAAGUAAAAGUUAUAUUGGAUUCUCUGUGUGUUAGUGGGUGAAUGAGUGAUAAACUAGUUAACUUGUGGAGCUAUCUUGCAGUUUUGUAAUUUAGCAAUGUAAUAUGCACAAUAAUUAACAACAUUGAUGAACAUUGAAUAUCAGAGAAGGUUUAUUGUAGCCCAUACCAACUACUUAUCUCAACCAUGAGCUGAAAAUGACUAAGUGACAUAAUAGCAAUAUUGAAAAUGGUACCAUCAAAAGGAGGGAAACGAUGAGGUCAUCCUCUCAGAACAUCUGGCCAGCUCUCUACACAGACCCGAGUCUCAUUUGUGAACUCCUAUUAGAGACAAAUGAGGGAAUUUGGAGUGAGUGUUAAUGAGAGCAAAGAAAAUUAAUGUGAUUUUAAAAAAUGGGCUCCACAAUAAAAAGCAAAAGAGAUUUGGAUUAUGAAACUAGAAAGCAAGAAGAGUGGGAGUGUCUUCUCUAAGUGUAUGCCUCUAACCAGAUUUCUACCGUUGUAAAAGGUAAAAUGGGGGAAAACAUCAUGCGGUGGUGUUUCUUAAAAAGUAGGUUUAAAUGGCAGGGAAUGAAUGAAAGCAAAAUAUAAAACUUCUAAAUGUGAUGAUGGUGAGUUGCUAGAAGAGAUGAUCAAAGUGGGCCAUGGACUCCUCUAUUCUCAGGAGACAUUGAAGAGCAGCUUUAUAUGAUUGAUCAGUAUAAAUAUGAGGAUACAGAUGAGAAGGAUGAAGGCAUUCACAGGUGAAGUAUGGAUGCAUGUGAUCACCCGGCCAUGGAUGGUGGAGGAAGCAGAGCUGGAGAAAUUUACUUCCUAUUAACUGGGUGAGAAAACUGGAGCACAGAGAAAAGCAGUUUUUCCAGCUAUGCCGGGACCCUUCCAUGAAGACUGAGGCAGGCGGAGCUGCUGAGAGCCUGCUGACAUGACAUCGGCCACAGAGUUUGAAAACGUGGGCAACCAGCCACCAUACAGCCGUAUCAAUGCCCGCUGGGAUGCCCCAGACGACGAGCUGGAUAAUGACAACAGCUCAGCCAGGCUCUUUGAGAGGUCCCGGAUCAAGGCCUUGGCAGAUGAGCGGGAAGUCGUUCAGAAAAAGACCUUCACAAAAUGGGUGAACUCGCACCUGGCUCGAGUGUCCUGCCGCAUCACCGACCUCUACAAGGACCUGCGGGAUGGGCGCAUGCUCAUCAAGCUGCUGGAGGUGCUCUCUGGAGAGAUGCUGCCAAAGCCCACCAAGGGGAAGAUGCGCAUCCACUGCCUGGAGAACGUGGACAAGGCCCUCCAGUUCCUCAAGGAGCAGCGUGUGCACCUGGAGAACAUGGGCUCCCAUGACAUUGUAGACGGUAACCACCGCCUGGUCCUGGGCCUCAUCUGGACCAUCAUCCUCCGCUUCCAGAUUCAGGACAUUGUUGUCCAAACUCAGGAAGGUCGUGAAACACGCUCAGCCAAGGAUGCGUUGCUGUUGUGGUGUCAGAUGAAGACAGCAGGCUACCCUCAUGUCAAUGUCACCAACUUUACCUCCAGCUGGAAGGAUGGCUUGGCCUUUAAUGCCCUGAUACACAAGCACCGGCCUGACCUGAUCGACUUUGAUAAGCUGAAGGACUCCAAUGCCCGGCACAACCUGGAGCACGCAUUCGACGUGGCCGAGCGCCAGCUGGGCAUUAUCCCACUCCUCGACCCCGAAGAUGUCUUUACGGAAAACCCUGAUGAGAAGUCCAUCAUCACCUAUGUGGUGGCAUUUUACCACUACUUCUCCAAGAUGAAGGUGCUGGCAGUGGAGGGCAAGCGUGUUGGCAAGGUUAUUGACCAUGCCAUCGAGACUGAGAAGAUGAUUGAAAAGUACAGCGGGCUAGCCUCGGACCUGCUCACCUGGAUUGAGCAGACCAUCACUGUUCUGAACAGCCGCAAGUUUGCCAACUCGCUGACGGGUGUCCAGCAGCAGCUGCAGGCCUUCAGCACCUAUCGGACCGUGGAGAAGCCACCCAAGUUUCAGGAGAAGGGGAAUCUGGAAGUUCUGCUUUUUACCAUCCAGUCCCGGAUGAGAGCCAACAAUCAGAAAGUGUACACACCCCAUGAUGGGAAACUAGUGUCUGACAUCAACAGGGCCUGGGAAAGCCUGGAGGAAGCAGAGUAUCGGCGGGAGCUGGCCCUGAGAAAUGAGCUCAUUCGGCAGGAGAAGCUAGAGCAACUGGCCCGGCGCUUUGACCGGAAGGCCGCAAUGAGAGAGACGUGGCUCAAUGAAAACCAGCGUCUCGUGGCCCAGGAUAACUUCGGCUAUGACCUGGCUGCCGUGGAGGCUGCCAAGAAGAAGCAUGAGGCCAUCGAGACUGACACGGCUGCCUACGAGGAGCGGGUGAGGGCCCUGGAGGACCUGGCGCAGGAGCUGGAGAAGGAGAACUACCAUGACCAGAAGCGCAUCACGGCCCGCAAGGACAACAUCCUUCGCCUGUGGAGUUACCUGCAGGAGCUGCUGAGGUCCCGGCGCCAGAGGCUUGAAACCACCCUGGUGCUACAGAAACUUUUCCAGGACAUGCUGCACAGCAUCAACUGGAUGGACGAGAUCAAGGCUCACCUCUUGUCUGCCGAGUUUGGGAAGCACCUGUUGGAGGUUGAAGACCUGCUACAGAAGCACAAGUUGAUGGAAGCUGACAUCGCCAUCCAAGGGGAGAAAGUGAAGGCCAUCACCUCAGCCACCCUGAAGUUCACUGAGGGGAACGGAUACCAGCCUUGUGACCCCCAGGUCAUCCACGACCGCAUCAGCCACCUGGAGCAGUGCUUCGGGGAGCUGAGCAACAUGGCAGCUGGGCGAAAGGCCCAGCUGGAACAGUCCAAGCGACUCUGGAAGUUCUUCUGGGAGAUGGAUGAGGCUGAGAGUUGGAUCAAGGAGAAGGAGCAGAUCUAUUCCUCCCUCGACUAUGGCAAAGACCUGACCAGCGUGCUCAUCUUGCAGCGUAAGCACAAGGCCUUUGAGGAUGAGCUCCGUGGGCUGGAUGCCCACCUGGACCACAUCUUCCAGGAGGCUCAUGGCAUGGUUGCGCGCAAGCAGUUUGGGCACCCACAGAUCGAGGCCCGCAUCAAGGAGGUGUCGGCCCAGUGGGACCAGCUGAAGGAGCUGGCUGCCUUCCGCAAGAAGAACCUCCAGGAUGCUGAGAACUUUUUCCAGUUCCAGGGUGAUGCGGAUGACCUGAAGGCUUGGCUGCAAGACGCCCACCGGCUGCUGUCUGGUGAAGAUGUGGGGCAGGACGAAGGGGCCACGCGGGCCCUGGGGAAAAAGCACAAGGAUUUCCUGGAGGAGCUGGAGGAGAGCCGUGGGGUGAUGGAGCACCUGGAGAAGCAGGCCCAGGGCUUCCCUGAAGAGUUUCGAGAUUCCCCAGAUGUGACAAAUCGGCUGCAGGUUCUGCGGGAGCUCUACCAGCAGGUGGUGGCCCAGGCGGACCUGCGCCGACAGAGGCUGCAGGAAGCCCUGGACCUGUACACAGUGUUUGGGGAGACAGAUGCCUGUGAGCUGUGGAUGGGCGAGAAGGAGAAGUGGCUGGCCCAGAUGGAAAUGCCAGACACCCUGGAGGACCUGGAGGUCGUGCAGCACAGGUUCGACAUCCUGGACCAGGAGAUGAAGACUUUGAUGACUCAGAUUGAUGGUGUGAACCUCGCUGCCAACAGCCUGGUAGAGAGUGGCCACCCACGCAGUGGGGAAGUUAAGCGGUACCAGGACCAUCUGAACACCAGGUGGCAGGCAUUCCAGACCCUGGUGUUGAAGCGGCGGGAGGCUGUGGACUCAGCCCUCCGAGUCCACAACUACUGCGUGGAUUGUGAGGAGACCAGCAAGUGGAUCACAGACAAGACAAAGGUAGUGGAGUCCACAAAAGACCUGGGGCGGGACCUGGCAGGUGUCAUCGCCAUCCAGCGGAAGUUGUCAGGGCUUGAGCGCGAUGUGGCCGCCAUCCAGGCCCGUGUGGAUGCCUUGGAGCGUGAGUCCCAGCAGCUGAUGGACUCGCACCCUGAGCAGAAGGAGGACAUUGGCCAGCGGCAAAAACACUUGGAGGAGCUGUGGCAAGGCCUACAGCAAGCCCUGCAGGGCCAGGAGGCCUCGCUGGGGGAAGCCAGCCAGCUACAGGCCUUCCUGCAGGAUCUGGAUGACUUCGGGGCCUGGCUCUCCAUUGCCCAGAAGGCUGUGGCCUCCGAGGACAUGCCGGAAUCCCUCCCAGAGGCUGAGCAGCUCCUGCAGCAGCAUGCAGCUAUCAAGGAUGAGAUUGACGGGCACCAAGAGAGCUACCAGCAUGUUAAAGAGUCUGGGGAGAAAGUGAUCCAAGGCCAAACGGACCCAGAGUAUCUGCUUUUGGGCCAGCGGCUGGAGGGCCUGGAUACGGGCUGGGAUGCCCUGGACAGGAUGUGGGAGAGCCGCAGCCACACCCUCGCUCAGUGCCUCGGCUUCCAGGAGUUCCAGAAAGAUGCCAAGCAGGCUGAAGCCAUCCUCAGCAACCAGGAAUACACUCUGGCUCAUUUGGAGCCCCCAGACUCCCUGGAAGCUGCAGAGGCUGGGAUACGGAAGUUUGAGGAUUUCUUGGUGUCUAUGGAGAACAACCGGGACAAGGUCUUGAGUCCUGUGGACUCUGGAAACAAGCUGGUAGCUGAGGGAAACCUGUACUCAGACAAGAUCAAGGAGAAGGUGCAGCUGAUUGAGGACAGGCACAGGAAGAAUGACGAGAAGGCCCAGGAGGCCACUGUCCUACUGAGAGACAAUCUGGAGCUACAGAACUUCCUCCAGAACUGCCAGGAGCUCACUCUCUGGAUCAACGACAAGCUGCUGACAUCUCAAGAUGUCUCCUAUGAUGAAGCACGAAACCUUCACAAUAAAUGGCUGAAGCACCAGGCCUUUGUGGCAGAGCUGGCUUCCUAUGAAGGGUGGCUAGAGAACAUCGAUGCGGAAGGAAAGCAGCUGAUGGAGGAGAAGCCCCAGUUUGCAGCCCUAGUGUCCCAGAGGCUGAAAGCCCUGCACUUGCUCUGGGAUGAGCUGCAGGCCACCACAAAGGAGAAGACCCAGCGCCUCUCAGCUGCCAGGAGCUCCGACCUGCGUUUGCAAACCCAUGCUGACCUCAACAAGUGGAUCAGCACCAUGGAGGACCAGCUUCGGUCAGACGACCCGGGCAAGGACCUGACCAGCGUCAAUCGGAUGUUGGCUAAGCUGAAGCGAGUGGAGGACCAAGUGAAUGUGCGGAAGGAGGAGCUGGGGGAGCUGUUUGCCCAGGUGCCUUCAAUGGGAGAGGAGGCAGGAGACACAGACUUGAGCAUCGAGAAGCGGUUCCUGGACCUCCUGGAGCCCCUGGGGAGGAGGAAGAAGCAGCUGGAAUCAUCCAGAGCCAAGCUGCAGAUCAGCCGGGACUUAGAGGAUGAGACGCUCUGGGUGGAGGAGAGGCUGCCUCUGGCCCAGUCAGCCGACUAUGGCACUAACCUGCAAACUGUGCAACUGUUCAUGAAGAAGAACCAGACGCUGCAGAAUGAGAUUCUGGGCCAUACGCCGCGGAUUGAGGAUGUGCUGCAGAGAGGGCAGCAGCUGGUGGAGGCGGCGGAGAUCGACUGCCAGGACCUGGAGGAGCGCCUGGGGCACCUGCAGAGCUCCUGGGACAGGCUGCGGGAGGCAGCGGUCGGAAGGCUGCAGCGCCUGCGGGAUGCCAACGAGGCACAGCAGUACUACCUGGACGCGGGAGAGGCCGAGGCCUGGAUUGGCGAGCAGGAGCUCUACGUCAUCUCUGAUGAGACCCCCAAGGAUGAAGAGGGUGCCAUCGUGAUGCUGAAGCGGCAUCUGCGGCAGCAGCGCGCGGUAGAGGACUACGGCCGUAACAUCAAGCAGCUGGCCAGCCGGGCCCAGGGCCUGCUGUCUGCAGGCCACCCUGAGGGGGAACAGAUCAUCAGGCUUCAGGGGCAAGUGGACAAGCACUAUGCAGGGCUGAAGGACAUGGCAGAAGAACGCAAGCGCAAGCUGGAGAACAUGUACCACCUGUUCCAGCUCAAGCGUGAGACUGACGAUCUAGAGCAGUGGAUUUCGGGAAAGGAGCUGGUGGCCUCUUCCCCAGAAAUGGGGCAAGACUUUGACCAUGUGACUCUGCUGCGAGACAAGUUCCGGGACUUUGCCCGGGAGACCGGAGCAAUUGGGCAGGAGCGGGUGGACAACGUGAAUGCCUUCAUUGAGCGACUCAUCGAUGCAGGCCACAGCGAGGCCGCCACCAUCGCCGAGUGGAAAGACGGGCUAAACGAGAUGUGGGCGGACCUGCUGGAGCUCAUCGACACGCGCAUGCAGCUGCUGGCCGCCUCCUAUGACCUGCACCGCUACUUCUACACGGGCGCCGAGAUCCUGGGCCUCAUCGACGAGAAGCACCGUGAGCUGCCAGAGGAUGUGGGGCUGGACGCCAGCACGGCCGAGUCCUUCCACCGGGUGCACACGGCCUUCGAGCGGGAGCUCCACCUGCUGGGCGUCCAGGUACAGCAGUUCCAGGACGUGGCCACCCGCCUGCAGACAGCGUAUGCUGGGGAGAAGGCAGAGGCCAUCCAGAACAAGGAGCAGGAGGUGUCUGCUGCAUGGCAGGCGCUGCUUGAUGCCUGUGCCGGGCGCCGGACCCAGCUAGUGGACACGGCGGAUAAAUUCCGCUUCUUCAGCAUGGCCCGUGACCUCCUCUCCUGGAUGGAGAGCAUCAUCCGGCAGAUUGAGACCCAGGAGAGGCCCAGGGAUGUCUCCUCUGUGGAAUUGCUCAUGAAGUAUCACCAGGGCAUCAAUGCAGAGAUUGAAACCCGGAGCAAGAACUUCAGUGCCUGCCUGGAGCUUGGCGAGUCCCUGCUGCAGCGGCAGCACCAGGCCUCAGAGGAGAUCCGUGAGAAACUGCAGCAGGUGGUGUCCAGGAGGAAAGAGAUGAAUGAGAGGUGGGAGGCUCGCUGGGAGCGGCUCCGGAUGUUGCUGGAGGUGUGCCAGUUCUCGAGGGAUGCCUCUGUGGCCGAGGCGUGGCUGAUUGCCCAGGAGCCCUACCUGGCCAGUGGGGACUUUGGACACACAGUGGACAGUGUGGAGAAGCUCAUCAAGAGGCAUGAGGCUUUUGAGAAGUCCACGGCCAGCUGGGCAGAGCGCUUUGCUGCCCUGGAGAAGCCCACCACGCUUGAGCUGAAAGAACGCCAGAUGGCAGAGAGACCUGCAGAGGAGACUGGGCUUCAAGAGGAGGAAGGCGAGACAGCAGGGGAGGCUCCGGUUUCCCACCAAGCGGCCACCGAGAGAACGUCCCCGGGGGAAGAAGAGGGAAGGUGGCCUAAGGACCUGCAGCAGCCACCACCGCCGGGGCAGCAUGAGGACAGGCAGAAAUCCGUUGGGGACGAGAGGCCUGCCACGGAGCCCCUCUUUAAGGUCCUAGAUACGCCCCUGAGUGAGGGUGAUGAGCCCGCAACACUGCUGGCCCCGCGGGACCGCGGGCACAGCGUGCAGAUGGAAGGCUACCUGGGCCGCAAGCACGACCUGGAGGGACCCAACAAGAAGGCUUCCAACAGGUCGUGGAACAACCUGUACUGCGUGCUCAGGAACAGCGAGCUAACCUUCUACAAGGAUGCCAAGAACCUGGCCCUGGGGGUGCCCUACCACGGGGAGGAACCCCUGGCCCUGAGACAUGCCAUCUGUGAGAUUGCUGCCAACUACAAGAAGAAGAAGCACGUCUUUAAGCUGAGGCUGAGCAACGGCAGCGAGUGGCUCUUCCAUGGCAAGGACGAGGAGGAGAUGCUGUCCUGGCUGCGAGGCGUGAGCACCGCCAUCAACGAGUCCCAGAGCAUCCGCGUCAAGGCGCAGAGCCUGCCCCUGCCCGCCCUCUCCGGCCCCGACGCCAGCCUUGGCAAGAAGGACAAGGAGAAGAGAUUCAGCUUCUUCCCCAAAAAGAAGUAGCGGCUGGGGGCCCCGCGGGUGGAGCUGGCGGGCACUGCGGGGUCGGGAAGCGAAGGGACCAGGCGUCCCGGCCUUGACCUCGCCGCGGCCGCAGCCUCCUCCAGCCGCCGCCCGCUUGUCGGGCCGAGUCGCGGGCCGGGCCCCUGGGCCCCACGCUGCACUGCAAAAGCUGCCUUCGCCCGCGCGUCCCGGGCCGACGCCCCCUCCAUGCCCUCGCCCGCACUGGCUCUGCUCCAGGGACCGGGGCUCCCAGCUCCUCAGGCGCCCUCGGGGCCUCCAGGCCUGGGGACAGGAAACGGUUCUCUGACGCACACGCCCUCCUCUCCCACCCUCCUCCUGAGCUGAGGGUGCGAAGGCCCCUUACCCCCAACCAAAAACAAAACAAAAAAAAGAGCUGGAGAAGGCUGGUGGGGCUCCUAAAACAAUUCUUGCUUGGGGUCACCUCUCACCUGGUCGCAGCCAGGGAAAGGGGAAAGAAGAGGGCACUGGAAAUGCCGGCCAGCCCCAGAGGGGCAGGAGGAAGGAGCCACAAAGCCCUAGCUCUGGGCCAGGGGCUGAGGGGGGCUGCCAGGACCAGACUGGGUCAGGGCCUUGGAUGCUGCCAGCCUCCUCCCCGCUGGGCUUCGGCAGAACUGGGACUCUCACCUCAGGGGCCACCCCAUCCUUCCACUCUGCUCCUCCCCCCAGAUCAAAGGGCACCCACCACGGUUGGCGGGGCCUGGCUGAGUGCCUCCAGCACCCUUUGUGCCACCACCGGCAGUCCCAGGAGGGGCAGCAAGGUCAGGCCAUUCAUUUAAAGCCGUGGCCAGGCACAGGGCUGUGAUCUGGAGUGACAGGUAUGUCACAACACUGCCUAAGGCUCUCCCUCUCAAUGCUGGGACCCUCCCCCUACUCCCAGUAGCAGCCAAACCAGCAAUAUCCGACAGACACAGGCCCCCUAGGGGACAGUGUGGGCGCCCAGAUAAAAAAUGGAUAUCCCCGCACCUGCAGUAAAGCAUCUCAAAGCCAAAUGCCCGAUUGCAUCCUGUCUGCCACUGGGACCGUCAGAGGGUAAUGGCUGGGCAGACAGCAAAGUGGUAUCACCUUGGGGUGGCAGAGGUGGCCAUGCCUUGGUAUUACCACUCAUGCGACAUAGCUACCCCUGCACAGCUGGGACAAAUGUCAGGGCCAGAGCCAUUGAUCAGCUUCUCCAGAAGGUCCUGGCCCCAGGUCUUGGGGGGGGAGUCACAUGAGUACACAGGUCAAUAUCUAUCCCCCUUUAUCCCUGAGCACCAGAAGGGGCUUUGCAACCUAUGUCCCCAGGAAUGGCCUUCCCCUUGCUGCCCAGGUCAUACUUCCAGAAGGGAGAGGCCACUCAUUCCACAAGGAUUUCCCAACCACUCUACUCUGAAAGCAACACAGCUCUGGCCCAGUAUCUAACUGGGUUUAGGUCCAAGAGAGGAGUCAAGUGGGGUGGGGGGCAGUAGGGAUUCUCCCCCAGGGAAACCAAAGGUCCCCAGUUUCUAUCACCUUCCCCGUGGGAAGGACCUUAGUUGCAUGGAGAUGAGAAGUGGGUGAGGUUCAGGUAGAAGCCACAGGGACAGGCAUCCAGAAUGAGCCUUCCCAGGAAUCCUGAGUGCUGACCAGUGCCGGCAGAAAUCACUUCUCCCCUGUAGUCCUGACACAUCAGGGUAACACCAACUACAGCAGGCAGGAGCCAUAGGAAGGAAGACAUCAUUCGAUGGAGCCUGAUAUUCCCAGGUCAGAUAUUCCCACCCCACCCCGGUGGCCAAGGUCUUCAUUUGACCUCAGUGCAUAUGACCCUAUACAGGGAAUCUAGUGUGUAUCACUCACCAGCCUCUUUCUGUGUCUGGGGAAACCAAGGCAGUGAGGUGACUUCCCUCACCUAGGAAUAAAGUGGACUCUGGCGCCCUUGAGGGCACGUUCUCCUCUGAGGCAGAGAGCAGGUUCCUUGCUGAAUGGCAGAUGGUGGCAAGCAUCUCCCUCACCUGUUUCCCUGGGCCAGUCUUUAGGGAGCCAAGGGACAAGGGCCCACCCUCCCCCUCCACAUGUGCCAAAUCAGCACCUGAAGUGAGGCAUUUCCAGCAAGCACCUCCACAGACACAAGAAAGGGCUCCAGUGGAAGAGCUAGCAUCUCACCACCCCAGGUUCCCCGGCCUGGUCCAGGGCAGCCAGCUGCAUGUGACCAUUCUGUUGCCAGCUCCCCCGACAUCCCUCCUGUCACCCGGCCCCAAGACAUUCGACCAACUGGACUAAAACUGCAGGCACCCAGCUUUGGGAGACCCUGUGCCACAUCAGGGCUAAGCGCUCCUAGUGCCCUGGCAAAGUCUUUUUUUUUUUUUUUCCUCUCCUUAUUCUACUUUGCAGUCUUUUCUUUGACAGUAUUCCCAAACUAGGUUGACACAGCUCCAGUCCACACCAGCAUACCAGGCUUCCUCCCCAGGGCAGUUUAGAGGAAGCUCCUUCUGGGUGCGGUCAGGCAGUCCUCCUUCCCUUUCCUUCCCCCUGGUCCUGGCCUCGACUGACUCUGGCUGUGGAAGGUGUGGAGGGUCCUUGGGCUUCCCUCCCCAACCCGGCCUCCACUAGCACCACUAACAGGAGGCCUGUGGAAGGCUCAGCCUCUCCUCCACACCCCUCCUCCUUCCUGCCUGUCGGAGGUAACCAGGGUCCCUGAGGUUGGCCUUGAAUCUCAUUCCUAACUUCAUGGGAGGGGGCAGGAAUCCAGAGGAGGACGAAGCCAGCGGGACCACAUGGCUUGGCAGCUUGGACAAACAAGCUCAGGGAGGAAAUGAGGAGGCGGUGGCUGCAGAGGAAUGUAACCCUGUUGGGCACAGACCAUGCAAUCUGGGGCUGGCCCUGGGGCCCGCUGGGCCCUGCCCUCCACCUGCUCAACCGUGCUUCCACCAACCAGAGGAAACCCAGUUACUAGUUUUUCUAAUAAAUCAAUAAUGCUCCAUA